AUUAUAUUAAUAUUAUUGAUACAGCACUAUUAUUGUUGUGAAAUCUACUACAAUAAUGAUAUAUUGUUUGAUUUCACUAAUACAAUAGGUUAAAAUAUCUAAUUAAGCGAUAAAAAAAUCUUGAACAUGAAUAUUUGUGGUACAAUACCAUUCUAAUGUGUUACUUAAAAUGAGAAACAAAUCAUGGUAAUAAACGAAAAAUCAACUUCAAAUUUAAUAAUAGCAGAAGAAGAUAAUGAAUGUGAUUUUUAUUCAAAGUAGCAUGAUUAUGCCAAAAAUGAUCUUAGACUUAUAAAUGAAAACAACCCUUUUGCAGGAGUGAUAUUGAAAAUUUAAGGUGUUGAAGAUGAUGAGAAUCUAGAACUAUUAUUAAUAUGUAGUAAUUCAGAUUAAUUUGAAAUUUAAACAACAUGUGAAUAAGAUUAUUGUAUAAAGCAUAAAAGCGUUUGCCCAAAUCUAGUUUUUAAUCCAAUAAUGAGGUUUUAUUAAUAUUUGUACAUUCCUCUAGGUGUAAUUUUCAUACUUUUAGGAAUUUUUUUAAUUGUUUUUGGAUUUUAAUAUUUGAGAUUGACAACAGUUGUAUUGGCUUUCAUGUUAGGAACAGCAAUAUAUACAAUUGUAUUAGGUGAGGGAGUUUUGGAUUAAGAUUCAAGCGAUUUUGCAAUAAUAAUAAUAUUAUGUUCUGGUAUAGGAGUUGGGAUCAUCUAUGCAAAUACAACUUAUGUAAGAUACUUGCUUGUAAAAUAAUAGAUUAUAAUUUUGAUUAGGGAGUAUUUAAUAUAGGUCUAGUAUUUGGAGUGCUAAUUACUCUUUUAAUUGAACCAUUAUUUUUACAUUUAUUCAAUAGUCAUCCAAUGUAUUUAACAAUGACACUAAUAAUGUUGAUUUCAGGAUUGAUUUUUGGAUUUUUGGCUUGCAAAUUUCUAAACACUUUUGGGAUAGGAACAACAGCUUUAGCAGGAGUAUAAUAUGAUAUUUAAUAUAGAGUUAUUUAUUAAUCAAACCAAUAGGAUGGUUUGCAGGUGGAUAUCCUAAUGAAAUUUAUUUAGUAAAGAUAACAUUUUAUGGAUUUGAUAUUUCCAUAGAUUUUAGAUUUUACUUAUAUUUUUCAUCCAUAAUUGUCUUAAUGAUUGGAAGUGUAUUCUUUUAAUAUAGAUAAUUGAGAAAGAGAAUGAGUAUGGAUGAAAUGUUUGCAUAUAAAGAUAUGGAUUAUUAUGAAAUGGGAAAUAUAGAAAAGGGAAAAAAAUCAGAUGUUAAAGGAUUUGAAGAUGAAACUGAAGUAAUAAUUAGAUUUAAUAUAAAGGUUGUUAUGCAAUCUGUACAAUUUGUUAAAAAAUUAAGUGAAAAAGGUUAGAGAAAGAGUGAUUCAAGUGAAGAGAAUUAGUGA